AUGGGGAGUCGACCUGGCGGAACGCCAGACGUCGACAACGACCGCCAUGGCCACCAGACACUCCAGCGACCCCAGAUGCCCGCCUCCAUGUCUGCACCCGCAGGCCGCCUGCCUCGACUGCUGCCCGCCGACCUUUCUUCCUACAGCGACUCGUACCUGCCGACUGCAGCCAUCCCACCGUCUGCGACUUCCCUCGCCGAACUCGCUCAUCUAAUACGCCUCCAGGGCUACCAAGAGCAGCGCAAGACCCACGCCCGCGUGCGCCUACACAGGUGGCUGGUCUCUAGCGCCCUCUCCGCACGUCUGGUACACUGCGGAGAGCUUGCCUACCGCACGCUGGUGGAUAACUUCCGGUCGGACGACAAGAAGUCCUUCGCAUCCCUAUACAAUGCCCUGAACGAUGUCCGCAACUCAUGCGAUGCCACGAGACAAUACGCCCUUUUGGAGCCGGAUCUGGAGUUUGGCAAGUCCAAGAACAUGAAGAGCGAGAAGCCCCUCUCUGCUUCAACUUUCCUCAAUGAAGUUCCGUCCAAGAUUUUGGACAAUCUUCUAGAUUUCAUUUCUGAGAUCCGCACCAAUCCUGAAUUUCUUGCUGCUCGCAUUUCCAGUCUUUCGCAGCAAGAGCUCACUUCUCUUACGUCUUUCCGUCAGACCAUGGAUCCCAUUGACUCGGUCAUGUUUGCAAACGCCCGCAGCCGCAAUGCAUCCUCGCAAAAGCCCCAACAGCAAGGAACGAGUCCAGUAGAACGUCUGUUGUCUUUUCAGCGCCACGACCCGUUGUCUGCCCUAGUCUACACCAUAUUCGCCAACUCGUCCGGACCCGACUCAGCCGAGGACCUCCGCCGCACUGAUGUAUGGGCCACUGUUUGUGCCAAAUUAAUCAAGAACAACAACCCAAACUUCAUCAGAACUGUACUUGAUGUCUGGGCAGGUAUGCGAGAGUGGCCUGGCAAGACCAAUUUGGAGCUUUAUCUUAUGCAGACCCUACAGGACGGCCAGUUUCUGCUAGAGAAGCCAGAAGAACAGGCAGCACGACCCGGAAUGCCGGUCCAACGUUCGACCAAAGAUACCAUUGCAGUAGACGAGUUCUUUGACAAGGCUGUCAAACGCUUGUUCGAAGUCGUUGAUGAUGAGCCUAGUGCCGGCGGUAUCCCGGAAGGCGUCCUAGAAAUUGGAAAUGCCAUCCUCCGAAAGCUAGAGGACGAGAAGAACGUCCGCAGGGCUUCUCAAAACUUCUUCGUUUCGCGUUGGCUAUUCUCUACUUUCCUGAUGAACGCCAUCAUUCAUCCUGAGGCAUGUUUACCCUUGUCGAUACGAGGCCACCACAUCAGCGAGCAUGCCCGCAUAAAAAUUCUGAAGGAGGUUGCCAUCCGAGCGCAGAAAUACGUCGUGGACAUGACCUACAACUGGCAAAAGAAAGUACCGAUACUUCCAGAGAUCCGAACACAUAUCGAAAACAUCUUGGCCCGAUUUAAGCACACUAAAACUCCCUCGAAGCCAAUUUUACUACCUGCAAAGGCCAUCACGUCACCUAGGGAAACUGUGGAAGUUCAGCCCUUCAUUGUUCUCUCUCCGGCAGACAUUGUGACCUUGGUUAAUGCCCUCUUCCCAGAGCGCCGACCAUCAUCGAGCCAUAUGGACAACGACAGCCAGCGCCGUACUGGUCUUGCUUCAUCUGCUUCAUCCAUGUCCGGGAUGUCAGUACCAUUCCGGAAUGCCGCCGCUUCCGUGACUGAUGCAAGCUCUAUUCUGAGUGCCAGUGCCUCUUCCAUGACCAGUGACCAGACGUCGCGAGAGCCGCUCCUGGACGGCAAUCCAGCAUCAACCGACUCGGAAAAUGAGAUGAAGCCAGUACCAACAGAGCAAUACGGAAAACAGCUGCGAUCAGCGUGUUCUGAGAUGACUCGCAUUCUAGGUUUCGAGGCGACAUCGGGUUCAUGCCAUCCGUGCGCAGAGCGAUGGGCUGUCCUUUACAUCUCCGCUGAUGGAAAGCAGCUGAAGCCGCGUAUGCGCAAGGAUUUUGAUGAUGAAGAUGAGCACGAUGAAGAUUCACCAGACAGUGACAGCAGUGACGACGAGGAUGGCGGGAACAGGUUCGAUCUUGGAAAUGACUACCACCAGUUGAAAGAGGCCAUUGCCAAGCUGGUUGAAGAGUACGAGAUUCCAAAAGAACUGGCACCCGACAGCGAAUCGAAGAAUUUCAGCAACCGAAUGACAACCCGCAAGAGCACACGUGGACGCGGCCCGGUACGCAAUGUUAGCGACAAUCUUGGCUCACGCAAUCCGUACAACUCAACACAGAGCCAAAGUCAGCUCACAAACAUGAUUGCAAGUCAAAGAAACGUCUCAUCUCGACGCUCACCACAAUUCCCAAGGAGCCACAGCAACCCGCAAGUCGGCGAAAAGCAAGAGAACAAUUCUGUUCUUGUUACAAUGCUCGAGACAGCCAUGUACCAGUGCCAAGCACGAUCUGAUUUCGUCAAUGCGCACAUGUACUACAAGACCUUGCAAAGUUUGAAAAGACUCAGCUCUCCCACAUUGGUCAAGAAUGGGUAUGCCGCUCUCCUCAACUACUUCUCUCGCGGUCCGCGUGAUCUCCUUAGCAAAGCAGCCAACGCCAUCGAAGAGUUCGAGGCCUGGUUCGUAUGGCUCAAGCAAUCACAGGAGCGAUCAGAUGGUAUGGUUGAAGAGAUGAUGAUUACAUUCAAGAACCUCCGCGACAAGAUGUGGUACAUUACAGAUGUUCGUACCUCGAAGCCAUACGAAGACGCCAGAAACGUCGCGCUUGCCCUCAAGAUCAUGGAACAACAGUCGAAGACGCUUAGUACCAGAGGUCCUUCUGGUUCCCAGCCACGGAGCACCAAUAGCUUCUUACGGCAAAAUGAAGCUCAACUCGUUGACCUCAUGUCCGCCACUCAAGAUUUCGGUGGUCCAAACAAGCUGUCCGAUGAGCAGUCGCAGAUCACCCUGAAAUGGCUCAUGCAAUACGGCGUAGAGAACUUCUGCAAGGGCGAAGAGCGGAUACAUCGUUUCUGCCUUGAAGUCGACAAGUGCGUCACUAAGAUCAUUGGCGAGGGUGUUCUGGACGGACCCGUUCUUUGGUCCAGCGACUUAUACAAGCGCGAUCAACAAAUUCUAGAAAGUGGACGACAGAAGGGUGAUCUGUUCUUGACUGGUGUCGGCACGCUCUCUAUCGCUGGCGACGAAGAGUACGAGACCCAUGGCCGGCCUGGUUCACGUAGUCAUGACUUUUCGCAACGACCAAGCCAGGGCAGUCUACGUGCCGCAGCCAACCGAAAUGGAUCUUCCAGCUUCGAUCAGAGUCCCUGGGGAAGGAAUCCCAUGGACUCUCACGACUACUUCGGUGGCUCUUCACCUGUCUUGUCGAUCGACUCUGUGGCUACUUUCUGGUCGCCGUUCCAAACUCAAGCGCAGUCGCCCACCAAUGCGACCAGCAUUCGUCCACGUACCGCAUCGUCUUCAAAGGGUACAGUGAUGCUGAAGCAAUCUGCAAUGGUCAACGAAGACAAGCGUCGUUUCAUGCUCGAUUUGAAGCAAACACUCACAGGCCUUCUCUUGAGUGAUCUCGGAACGAUGGUUUUCGCCAACGGGAGCGAGACCGACUCGUGGUUCUGUGGUGAUCUACUUGACGACGUCUUCGAGCGCAGGGACGAAGAAGAGCGCAAGCGCAAGAAGCAACUUGCCAAGAAGAGCAUGAAGAACAUUCGAAAGCAGACGCUACCUGAUCAACGUAACCUGCCCUUGGAGACGCUUGGCCGCAACGAGCGGGGUUCAGCUGCCCCACCUGUUGCGACAUUCCAACAUGCUAGCGCAUCCGAUGCUCAUCAAUCAGCUGGUGAGCAUUCUUCAGCCUCAAGCGAUGCAACUUCACGUUCGGUUGGCAAUGCCACAGCGAAGAAGGCUGGACUCCUCGAGUUCCCCUACAACGUUGCUUUCCGGCGGCUGCUAGGCAGAUUUCAAACACAUCCCAAUCCCUUCUCCAAGCUCCAUGCAUUGUACGAGCUGGAGUUGCUCAUCAUAGCGUCUUUGUCUUCUCGAACAGGUCGCUCCUACAAUAACCGUCGCGAAACACUUCCUCCAGUUCCCCAAUCGCCUACUCUUGGCACCAUGCCGGAACUCAGCUCUCGUGAGCCAGCUACGCAGACUUCUCGUGCACAGAACCUGGAAGAGGCAAUUGCCAACUGCGAGGAACGCCGCUCCCACAGCAUGAAUGUAGAGCGCGCUAGCAACGCCUCUCCUCUGCCUCGUAACGGUGCACGCUCUCCGGUUGGACCACCAAGCACAGACAUGAUUGUUGAAGUCAUCCAGGGCCUCUUCCGCGAUGCCAACAUUCGACCCAAGACACUGUUCCGAGACCUACAAUACAUAGCAUCUUUUGUACCCGCACAGAUGCUGGACAAGACUGCGCGAGGCAAGGCAUUCUGGGAUGUUGGCCUUGCUGCCCUUGGCCUCAAGCAAGAUGUCUGCCGGAUCAUGGUUGAGCUUGUUGACGAAGUCAUCACCCAAAACUCUAAGCGAGAUGCAGGCAAAGUCAGCAGUGGUGGUGCUGCCGAGAAGGCGGGCGUACCAUCCACCGCACUGGCUCCGGUCGACGAACCACUAUCCAAGUACACUAUGGAGGAUGCCGGGCGCAUGCUUCUUAUUACUGCCAAGGAAGGCGACGCAGUUGCUGAGCGUGAGCUUGCCAUCUUUUACCUCACUUCACCCGAGCUCGUUCAUCGCACUGUAUUGCCACUCACCAGGCCCAGCGAGGUCUUCAAGACUGAGCUUCUCAACCGUGAGAGGAGAGCGUCACAGGAUCCCGCUCGCAGCGAUCCAAUGACCAUGUGUGUUGCACAGCACUGGAUGGAGCAGUCCAUGAAGGGUGGCGAUCAACUUGCCGCCAAGUACUUGCGCCAGCGCAGCGAGCUGGAGAACAUCAACCCGAGUAGGGCAUAG